AUGGCUGCUGGAGCUCCUUGUGGCACCAGCAACAUGACAGCUGGGGGAGUCAGAUGCACAAUUCCUUGCACUGACGAUUGCAGCUCAAUAAAUGCAACUGCAGAACCAGCAACCAGUAGUAAUGAUGAUUUAUCAGUAAACUCUGCAACUGGGAACAGAAUCUCUGCAGGUGGAAGUGUGAGGGAGGCUGCAUCACCACCUGGGCCCAGCCCAGUUGUUGAUCUCAAGGCAGAAACCAUUGGUGUGACCUCUGUCACCUUAAAAUGGGGGGUGAAUGACAGCGCAUCCAACACCUACACGUACAGGAUACAAGUUGUGAAUGGAACAAAUGAUACACCUGUGGAGAAUGUGACAUCCAAUGAAACCAAAGCAGAACUUACUGGGUUAAUCCCUGGGACACCGUACAACUUCACAGUAUUUGCUGUAGCAGCUGAUAAUGAGACAGAAGGAGAAAGAGUGUCCAUACACCUGUAUACAAGGCCCAGCCCGGUUCUUGAUCUCAAGGCAGAAACCAUUGGUGUGACUUCUGUCACCUUAAAAUGGGGGGUGAAAGACAGUGCUUCCAGCUCCUACAUGUACAGAAUAGAGGUUGUAAAUGAUACAAGUGAUACACUUGUGGAGAACGUGGCAUCCAAUGAAACCAAAGCAGAAAUUGCAGGGUUAAUCCCUGGGACACCGUACAACUUCACAGUAUUUGCUGUAGCAGCUGAUAAUGAGACAGAAGGAGAAGGAUCAUCCAUACACCUGUAUACAAGGCCCAGCCCAGUUGUUGAUCUCAAGGCAGAAACCAUUGGUGUGACCUCUGUCACCUUAAAAUGGGGGGUGAAUGACAGCGCAUCCAACACCUACACGUACAGGAUACAGGUUGUGAAUGGAACAAAUGAUACACCUGUGGAGAAUGUGACAUCCAAUGAAACCAAAGCAGAACUUACUGGGUUAAUCCCUGGGACACCGUACAACUUCACAGUAUUUGCUGUAGCAGCUGAUAAUGAGACAGAAGGAGAAAGAGUGUCCAUACACCUGUAUACAAGGCCCAGCCCGGUUCUUGAUCUCAAGGCAGAAACCAUUGGUGUGACUUCUGUCACCUUAAAAUGGGGGGUGGAUGACAGCGCUUCUGACUCCUAUUUGUACAGGAUAGAGGUUGUAAAUGGUACAAGUAAUACACUUGUGGAGAGCAUGACAUCCAAUGAAACCAAAGCAGAAAUUACUGGGUUAAUCCCUGGGACACUGUACAACUUCACAGUAUUUGCUGUAGCAGCUGAUAAUGAGACAGAAGGAGAAGGAGUGCUCAGAAAGCUGUAUACAAGGCCCAGCCCAGUUGUUGAUCUCAAGGCAGAAACCAUUGGUGUGACUUCUGCCACCUUAAAAUGGGGGGUGAAUGACAGCGCUUCCAGCACCUACACGUACAGGGUAGAGGUUGUGAAUGGAACAAAUGAUACACUUGUGGAGAACGUGACAUCCAGUGAAACCAAAGCAGAUAUUACCGAGUUAAUCCCUGGGACACCGUACAACUUCACAGUAUUUGCUGUAGCAGCUGAUAAUGAGACAGAAGGAGAAGGAGUGUCCAUACACCUGUAUACAAGGCCCAGCCCGGUUCUUGAUCUCAAGGCAGAAACCAUUGGUGUGACUUCUGUCACCUUAAAAUGGGGGGUGAAUGACAGCGCUUCCAUCUCCUACACGUACAGGGUAGAGGUUGUAAAUGGUACAAGUGAUACACUUGUGGAGAACGUGGCAUCCAAUGAAACCAAAGCAGAAAUUACUGGGUUAAUCCCUGGGACACCGUACAACUUCACAGUAUUUGCUGUAGCAGCUGAUAAUGAGACAGAAGGAGAAGGAGUGUCCAUACACCUGUAUACAAGGCCCAGCCGGGUUCUUGAUCUUGAGGCAGAAUCCAUUGGGAUGACUUCUGUCACCUUAAAAUGGAGGGUGAAUGACAGCGCUUCUGACUCCUACACGUACAGGAUAGAGGUUUUAAAUGGUACACCUGUGAAGAACGUGACAUCCAAUGAAACCAAAGCAGAAAUUACUGGGUUAAUCCCUGGGACACUGUACAGCUUCGUAGUAUUUGCUGUUGCAGCUGAUCAUGAGACAGAAGGAGAAGGAGUGUCCAUACGCCUGAAUACAUUAACUGUCUCAGUGGAUUCACUUCAGUGUGAACCAGUGGCUAAGCAGCCUAUCCUAAUGCUGAAGUGGAAAUGUCCUUUUGGUAACAAUGCUGGCUUCAGAAUCAAAAUAUAUAAUAUAAGCACUUCUGAGGUAGUAAGAGAAGAAUCGGCUCCACGCUGCACGGUAGAAGGCUUUGAGCAAACUUUCCAAACAGCGCAUUUAAAUUUUUUCAGCACCUAUAAUGUUACUAUCAUAACUCUUCCAAAUGGCACUGAAAGCUCUCCUGUGGGCAAGUUGUGUCACACCAGCAUUACUGACCCACCUCCUCCGACUGAAGUUCCUUCAGUCAAGGCCGUCAGUCACAGCUCGCUGUCUGUUGAAUUCUCUGAUUUUGAUCCACUGAAUGGUCCAUUAGAAGCCUACGCAGUAAUGAUUACAACAGAAGAUCAAAGUUCUGAGUCUUUGAAGUCUAAAUUGAACAACACCUACAAAGAUUUCAAGAUGAAGAAGACAACUGCCUAUGUUACAUAUGUCAUAAAAACAAAGCAGGCAGAAUCACGUUCUUCCAGUUCUCAGAAUGGUAGGAACACCAUUCAUGUAGGCAAGGGAAACACAAUGUAUGGCUACGAAAACGGACCAUUGAUCCCUCUUCGUUCAUACAGGGCAUGUGUAGCAGGUUUCACUAAUAUAACCUUUAUGGCCAACAUGAUUGAGGGAGAAGAUAGUUACGUAUCGUUUUCACCCUGUUCUGAACCAGUUUUACUGCCCCAGGAUCCAGGUGUUAUUGCUGGAGUGGUUAUUGGAUGCCUCUUGGCUAUCUUGGCUGUAGUGGCUGUAGGGGGGUUCAUACUCUGGAGAAGGAGAAGGAAAGAUAAAAGAAAUACUGAAGUGUCUUUUUCUCCAAUUAAAAUAAAGAAAUCAAAAAUGAUUAAAGUGGAGAACUUUGAGUCAUACUUUAAGAAGCAGCAAGCUGACUCCAACUGUGGUUUUGCUGAAGAGUAUGAGGAACUCAAGGCUGCUGGUGUUCAUCAGCCCAAAUUUGCUGCUGAACUUCCUGAGAACAGGGGGAAAAAUAGAUACAACAAUGUCUUGCCAUAUGAUAUUUCUCGUGUUAAACUUUCAAAUCAAACCUCUGGAACUGGUGAUUAUAUUAAUGCAAACUAUAUGCCUGGCUAUAACUCAAAGAAGGCAUUUAUUGCUGCACAAGGUCCAUUACCCAAUACUAUAGAAGACUUCUGGCAAAUGAUUUGGGAAAAGAGUAUCUACUCUAUUGUUAUGUUGACAAAAUGUGUGGAACAAGCCCGGACAAAAUGUGAGCAGUACUGGCCAGACAAACAGCCCAAGAGCUAUGGUGACAUUAUUGUGACGAUGGUCUCAGAAGUUGUCCUUCCAGAAUGGACAAUAAGGGAUUUCACUGUAGAAAAGUCCAACACCCCUGAGAGCCACACGGUGCGCCAGUUCCAUUUCACCUCCUGGCCAGAUCACGGUGUGCCAGAGACAACAGACCUUCUCAUCAACUUCAGGCACCUUGUCCAUGAAUACAACAGCCAGAAUCCAGUGGACUCACCUACUCUGGUGCACUGCAGCGCUGGCGUCGGGAGGACGGGGACGUUCAUCGCCAUUGACCGCCUGAUCCAGCAGAUGGAGAUGGAGAACACCGUGGAUGUCUAUGGAGUGGUGUACGACCUCCGCAUGCACCGACCCCUCAUGGUGCAGACUGAGGACCAGUACGUCUUCCUAAAUCAGUGUGUCAUGGAUAUCAUUAAAUCCCAGAGAGAGAGGAAAACGGACCUUAUCUACCAAAAUGUGACAGCAAUGGCAAUCUAUGAAAACUUCACACCUGGGCCAGCCUUUGGGAAGGCCAAUGGCUACCAUGCAUAGUCCAGAAGGAACCCAGUGCCCCUAUCCAGGAGGUGUUACCUGCCCGCAAAGAGAGGUGUCCGACUCUUGUUUUCUGGGAUUGUGUGCAGUGUCUCAUGUCUGGCUUCUCCAGUUCUGUCUACAUUCAAAGGUGUGAUCUAUAGGAGGAAAAACACAACACUGGCAGGAGCUGCAGACUGAUGUUAAAAAAACCCAAACAACAAAACCCAAGCAAAACUUUUUAAAGUUAACAGAGGAAUCUUGUUUUUUUCCUUGGGAAUUUAACAGUACUGAUAGGUGAAAUAGCAUUUGCAGUAUGAACAGUGAACUAGAGUUUAAAUAUUAAAAUAAUAACACAAGCUUUUUAUUACAAUUUUAUAUGAUUUCAUUUGCAGACACCAGGCUGGUGGGUUGUUUUAAUAUAUUUAAUUAUAAGUUUCAGGAACAUAUUUUAUCUACUGUAUCUGGUUACUUAGUUAAUAGAUAUGUGCCUCUGUGAUCUAUUUUUUUUCUGUGUUCCUUUUUAUUUAAAAAAGGAGUACAAACGGCUCCUUCAAAUGGACAUUCAUACUUGGAAAUUGUGCCUUUUCUAGUUGCUACUCUAGAAAAAAAAACAGCAGAGAUUCUAUUUUUGUACUGAAACUCUUAAUGAGAACACAGAUUUUUAAAUAAGGCUUAUGUCAAACUUAACUGUAGUUGCACUGUUGGCAGGACUCUCCAGAAGUUUGGAGGUGAGCUUUGUUUUUGCAUUUCACCACAAAUAUCCCCUGCCUUAAUGUUUUGGUGCCUCUGCCAGAGGAAAAGGAGUGUGGUGUGUCACUCCGAGCUUUAACUGUAGUUAAAAACAGAGCAAGUGAAUCUGUGAAUGUGUGUGCGGGAGGGGGUGUGUGGGUGUGUGGAUGAAGGACAGAAUAUCUCCUCCCUGUUCCUGCCUGAUAUUCCUGUUUUUAUACAAUUUAUAAUGAUUUAUUUAAAGGUGCAAUAUAUGAUUUACUGAAUAAUGCUCACUCUAAUAGAGUUUUUCUCAGGUUGGUGUCUUUUUAUCAUUGUUGUUGUUUUUCCUCAAAUAUAUAAAUCUGUGAAAAUGCUGAAACUAAGGUUCCAACCAUUCAAGCACUCCCAAACAGAUCAACUGGCUUUACUGUGUCUACCAAAAGACAUUGCACAAAAUUCUGCUGUAAAGACAAAUUUCUGGGUUGUUUUAGCCAUUCAAAACUGAGAGACAUCUUACCUGCCUGCAUCUCACUGAUCCAGUGUAAUUGUUUUGUAAUUAUUUGCAAUAUACUGCUGCUUUUGGUUUGACUGGUCCUUUUGGAAACUGAAGGAACAAGCAGAAAUUCCCGGUUUGCUGAUUUCACAAGUUAAGGAUCAGAUUGGAUUUAUUUUGCUGGUACAUAAUUGUUAGACCUAGGAAGGCAUUACCAAUGAAGGACUUAGGUAGUGUGGGGUGGGGAGAAGUGUGUUUUUUGGUCUUUGGAUCGUUGCACUGGUUGCAUUGUAGAUGAAUAUGAAGUUUAUGAAUAAUGCUAUAGAAUAGCUAUAAAGCAGGGAAAAAAAAUCUUAUGAAGGUUUAAUAACCAGAGUCCCUGGAAUUCUGCUGCUUUUUUAUUGUCGUUGUUUUGGGGGUUUUUCUUUGUUUUAGUAGAGUUGUCAGAAAAAGCUGCAGAUGCUAGGAGUAUAUGUGGCUUUACAGUGGAAGCUGGCAACCUCACAGGAUCUAAUGUCAGCUGAAGGAGAACAUAGGAAUUCCUGGUGCACAACUGUAACUUUACAAAUAUCCUGGGGAAUUUUUUGCAACCUGGUGUGAAGCUGUGGUGUGCUGUGUGAGCAAAACUGGAGGACACACCACAGUGCACUUUUGGUUGUUAGGUUUUGGGGUUUGGUUUUGUUUGUUUGUUUUGUUUUGUUGGUUUUGUUUUGUUUUGUUGGUUUUUUUUUUUUGUAGCAGCCACUUGUGGGUUCUUGAAUAUAAUUUUGUUCCUCUUCCUCUGGAAAUACUUUAAAAAAGCCUCAUCUUGAGGUUCCUGAUCCUGCCCAGCUCCAUCCAAACUGGCAGCCCACAAAGUGGAUCUUCAUUUGCAUUCUUCCUAAGCUGCUGUCAGAUGACAAAGAUAAACCACUGCACCAAACAGAACCAUUCCAAAAGAACUGGGAAGGAGGAAAGUCUGCCCUUUGCAGUCAUGUUAUUUAACUCUCUUAUUCUUUUAAUUACUGCACAUCUGUGCAGAGCACAGAGCCAGUAUUUGUCAUUCCAGGUCUCACAAGAAUUUGCUGCCUUAGGGUGGCAAGUGCUCUUUCACUUCAGAAGGCCCUUGUUUUGUGUAGCAUAGAGGAGAGGGAGAUGAGUCUUCCAUGCUAGAUCGUGUUGUUUCUACUCUGUUGCAGCAGAGCAUCAGAAAAUGAGCUAGGACAGUAUGUGUUUCUGCCUAACCACUGCCCAGAUCCUCUUACAGAAAACUAAUGGAUCUGUCCCAUUAUUUUGGUGUUGGAAGCAGGCAUCAAAUUCUCAUGUGUGCCAUCAUCUAAUGAGUAUCCAUUUUUAAAGAACUGUAUGCAAGUGUUUUUCCAAAACUGAUGCAUUGUGAGAAGAGACAGGAGGUUGAAGCAAAUGACCUCUUGAUUCUGUGUGUGGGAAAAAGUUGGUAAGGCUUAAGCUGUUGCAAACAAAGUUGGGUGUAAUGUCAGUGUGAAUAAGUAGGACAUUCCUUAUAGGAUGCCUCUGCAGGAAAAGAACUACAGGUAAUGCUUCACUACCAUGUGGAUAUGUCUUGGUCAAGAUGACUUGAAUUCCUGCAAAUGUUUUCUCCCUGCCCUCUGAUGUUCUCUGUGUUAUAACUGCUGAGAUCUGUCUCUUUGGUCAGUGUUUUCUCUCAUUGUUGCUUAUUUACAGGUGUCCACUGAAAGCUCCACUGUGUGACAAUUGCAUCUCUUGCAUUUCUGUUUAACUCUUUCUUCCCAUUUGGGGCCUGCUUAAGAAGGGAAAAGUUGAUGUGUUUCAAAUAAGUGACUGUUGAAUAUCUUGAAAUGAUGUACAAAUUUUAUUGUUUUCAUAUUUGUUGUACAGGAAAUUUCAGUACAUGUCUGUAAUAUUUUUAAUGGUUUGAUUUGUUCUUAAAAAUAUAAAAAUAACAAUUAAAAAGCAUCAUCCUAGA